AUGAAUGCAUUCCAUUCAAAUGUAGCCAUCUUCAAAGAUACCAAUGCCUGUCUCCGUAUCGGCGCCGCCAUGUACGAUAUCACAGGUCCCGCUGCUGAAGCUGGUAUGUUUGGUUAUGUGAAAAUGGGUCAAUUGACUUCUGGGAUCCACAUGCGUCUACGAGCCCGUGCUUUUGCUUUCCAUGACAUACAGACAGACACUCACUGUGUCUUUGUCUGUGCUGAGCUUGGAAUGGUGUCGGAAUGGGUUACACAGGCAGUUGUGGAUAGACUUGAGACACAUUCAAAGCUGCCAAAAGGCACGUACAGUCGAGAGAAUGUCAUGCUUAGUGCUACACACACCCAUUGUUCACCUGGUGGCUUAUCCCAUUACUUUAUUUAUAGUGUACAUCCACCUCUACAUGGUGCAGAUAGACAGAAUUUAGAAUGUGUUGUCUCUGGCAUUGUUGAAGCAAUUGUGAGAGCUCAUGAAUACUUGCAGCCAGCAAUGAUCCGAGUUUCAACUGGACAUUGUCUUGGUGCAUCCGUUAAUCGAUCAAUUGAUGCGUAUCUAUCUAAUCCAGAAGAAGAACGUGCUCACUAUAAAUACGAUACGGAUAAGACCAUGGCAUUAUGGAGGUUUGAUGGACUAAAUGGAUAUCCUAUUGGAAUGAUCAAUUGGUUUGCAGUCCAUCCAACAAGUAUGGGGAAUUGGUACACGUUAAUUACAGGAGAUAAUAAAGGAUAUGCAGCGUAUGAAUUUGAACGGGAGCAAGGUACAAAACACUUGAUGGAUAGACCGAAAGCAUUUGUUGCAGCCUUUGCACAGAGCAACGAAGGAGAUGUAAGCCCGAAUAUAUGUGGACCGAGACAUCCGAGCACGCAACACCAGGACUAUGAACGAAUGGUGACGGUCGCAAAUGCACAGCUAGAUACUGCAAGGAAGUUGUAUGCUGAAGCACUGACGACGCCGCCUAUUGCAGGACAGAUCAGGUUCGCCCACGAGUACGUCGACUACUGCAGUAUUCCGCUUCAGAAACGUUGGCAAUUAUAUACUGAGUGUUCGACGUCGACUUCGUCUGGGUGCAUUGGCGUCUCAAUGGUCAGUGGCACGGAGUUUGAUGGUCGAGGUGUGUAUGCAGUGAAGGAAGGAAUCAAGUGGGGAAUGUAUCCGAAGAUGACAACCCUGCCGGAACUUCAAUCACUGCAUAAGGAGAAACCGAUCAUUUUCCCGACAGCACGAUACGGAAUGUCCCCACAAAUUUUACCGCUGCAAGUAUUUGGCUUUGCGGAGUGUUUGCAUAUUGCGGCUGUUCCCUUUGAGAUGACGACGAUGGCUGGAAGACGUCUACGAGCAUCACUUUACACAUCUAUUCAAGAGUUGUCACCGAGAGGCAAGACAAUACACGAACCUGUUAUCGCUGGACUUACCAAUGCAUACUGUGGCUACUUGACUACGAGGGAAGAGUACGCUGUGCAGCGUUAUGAAGGUGCAUCAACUCAUUUCGGUCCCAACCAGCUGGUAGCUACGUGCCAACAGUUUCAAAUUCUUGCGGCGGUCAUGUAUCACAGCCGCAAAGCCAAGCCUGGUCAAAAGUUGCUUGCCAAUUCUGGGUUACCACCUCCAAGCAUCAAGGGAAUGGGGGUGUUAGACUACAAUAUUUCUGUCAUUCAUGACGGUGUCGCCUAUGGUGCAUCAUUCGGUAGUGUUGUUGACGGUGCUAAUGCGCUGGCGGAAUACAGAUCGGGAUCUACUGUCAAAGUACGCUUUCACGCGGCGCAUCCGAAGAACAAUUUGCGAAUCCAAGGUACAUUUCUGGAGGUGCAGCGUUGGAUGAUGGACACCAGUCGCAAAGGUAAAGGCAUUUGGGUAAUUUUUGCGGACGAUGGCGACACGAAUACUACGUUUAGCUGGGAGCGACAGGGUACCUUCCGAUCCGUCGUCACCAUUGAGUGGCUAAUUUCAGAAACCACUCCUAGCGGAAAAUAUCGCAUUAAAGUCAACGGCGACUGCAAGCACAUGCUUUGGCAAACUGUGACUCCCUAUUCUGGGGUGUCGUCCACUUUCCAAGUUGUAGGUCCAGGUGCUCCUGCUUGA